AUGGAGAAUGGGAAUGGAGAAGGUAAGGGAGAGUUCAUAAACCAAAACAAUGACUUCUUCCUUGAUUCCAUGUCAAUGCUCUCUUCUCUCCCUCCUUGCUGGGAUCCAUCUCUUCCUCCUCCUCCUCCGCCACCAAACUCUCUCUUCCAUGCUCUCUCCGUCGACACCCCUUUCCCUGACCAGUUCCAUCACCCUCAGGAGUCAGGUGGUCCAACAAUGGGGAGCCAAGAAGGGCUGCAGGCACAAGGGACUGUCUCGACCACGAGCGCACCUGUUGUUCGACAAAAGCCAAGGGUGCGAGCCAGGAGAGGCCAAGCUACUGAUCCUCACAGCAUUGCUGAAAGGCUAAGGAGAGAACGCAUCGCAGAGCGUAUGAAGUCUCUCCAAGAACUGGUUCCUAACACCAACAAGACUGAUAAGGCAUCGAUGCUUGACGAGAUCAUCGAGUAUGUUAGGUUCCUUCAGCUUCAAGUCAAAGUACUAAGCAUGAGUAGAUUGGGAGGUGCAGGUGCAGCUGGUCCACGCCUCAAUGGUCUCUCCGCCGAGACAGGAGGAAGGCUCAAUGCUCUCACUUCACCGUGCAAUGUUGUAAACGGGAGCGGAAACGCUACUGGAUCAUCAAACGAGAGCCUAAGGUCAACAGAACAGAGGGUAGCAAAACUGAUGGAAGAAGACAUGGGAUCAGCAAUGCAGUAUCUUCAAGGGAAGGGGCUUUGCUUAAUGCCCAUCUCUCUAGCAACUGCGAUAUCAUCCUCAACCACUCACUCUCGUGGAUCUCUCUUCAACCCCAUCUCCAAUCCCGUAGCAGCAGAGGAUGCAAAUGUAGCAACAGCAGCAAUUGCUGCACCUGAAGCCUCCUCGACUAUGGAUGACGUACCUGCUGCCUCCAAGGCCUGAACCAUAGGGAUACUCUCAUGUGCCUCAUCUUCUCAGUUUAAGUCAAACAUUCAUAUCCAUAUCAUUUUACUUUUUUCACUGUUAAGCAUGAAUAAUAUAAAACAGUUACACAAAGAACAUAACCGACAAGACAAGAACACUCGUAUACGCCUAUACGUGUGUUGCUGGUGGGACCGUAAGGUAAGAGACAUGCGUCCCACUACCUUCCCAAAUCAUUCUUUGUCAACGUGUUCUGUAACUAUAAUGUCUUAAACAUUGUUUGCUCAAUCGUGGAACUUAUAUAGUCUUAUAAUAUUCAAGUUGAAGCUUUCCACUCUCUUAUAAACUA